AUGGCAGUCGACGCAAUGGAUAUCGACGCCCUCCCACUGCGACCUGCAGAUGCAGAGCGCAAGCGCAAAUCCAAAACCAAGGACUCAUCACCAACCAAAAAGCGCAAGCAAGAUACGCCGGAGUCCCCAUUUUCCCUCAAAAAAGCAACUCUUUACCUCCCUCUCUCGCCAAUCUCAAUUUCGCCGACGCAUGCGCAAGCCUCGCUUUUGGCAGAGCACCUCUCGCCCCUCCUGCUCACUUACUACCCGCCAUUGAAAGGUGUGGUCAUGGCGUACUCCAAUGCCUCAAUUUCCAGCAAACCGCCUUCCCCCACCUCUGCGCCUUCCGAGAACCCCCAGCCAUUGACCAACGCUACCACUGCGGAUGAGUACGGUGUUCUGUAUGUCUACCUGACCGCCACCUUCUUGGUCUUCCGGCCUCAGCGCGGCCAGAUUCUGGACGGUUGGGUGAACGUUCAGUCGGAGGGUUUCCUCGGAGCGGUAGUCUUCAACUUGUUCUCCGUCGGCAUUGAGCGCAAGCGUCUUCCUUCGAACUGGAAGUGGGUUCCUCCCGGCGACGAGACCGAGGCCACAGACGACGACUCCGGAUCUGAUAAGGACAUGGCGGACUUCGACGCCGAGAAGGAAGGAUUCCAGCCUACUUCGCUGGACGAGGAGGAAAUUCCUCUCGAGGGCGAAGAAGAGGAGGAGUCUGCGCACAGUGGAUACUUCCAAUCCGUUUCUGGCCACCGCGUGCGCGGCUCUGUGCGUUUCCGCGUUGUUGAUGUCGAUAUUAUCCCAGGGUCUGAGCGAGACAGUGGGUUCCUCAGUAUCGAGGGUACGAUGUUGGGAGAGGAAGAGGAGCGUGCACUUCUGGAGACCGAGAGACAAGGUCAAUCCUUGCCCCCUUCGUUCUUUACCACGCCGAAAGUGAAUGCUGCUAUUCCCGUCAGCAAUGUGCCGGCUGCCGAGGCGGUGCAAGAGGUUGAGACUGUCGAUGUGCACCUCGACAGCCCUAAGAAGGAGAAGAAGGAGAAAAAGGAAAAGAAAGAGAAGAAAGAGAAGAAGGACAAAUCCGAGAAGAAGGAGAAGAAGUCCAAGUCUUCCAAGAAGUAA